CUUGACCUUCUUCAUGGCGCCGGUACUGACGCCGUUCGUGUCCCUGAAAAUUCAACAGGCGGCUUAUUCGGACUAUUCAGUCCUGAGACGGCCUUCAGUCCCCCACAGAAUGGCAUAUUGGCCGUAGAACUAGACACCUUCAGCAACGAGUGGGACCCUCCAUUUCCUCACGUAGGAAUUGAUGUGAACUCUCUUAUGUCAGUGAACAUUACGAGUUGGCCAAUUCAUGACACAGCACUAGGUUCAGUAUGGAAUGUUCGCAUUUCAUAUGAAUCUAAGACCAAAACACUGAGUGUAUCGAUGGGUUACCCUGGUGCUAAUCCUCCAACGUUGGUGUCACUGUCGCGAGUUAUUGAGUUGAGGAUGUUUUGCCGGAAUACGUUAGAAUUGGGUUUCUCCGCAGCCACUGGGGCUUUGAUUGAGACCCACAACCUUUUUGCUUGGUCAUUCCGUUCGUUUCUUGCAGAAGAAAGUAGUCCGUGA